ACAUGUUCUAGUGACUAGUCCUUAGCUUGAACGAUGACUUUUAAAGUUGUAUUUAUGCUGCUCGUAGCUUCAUCAAUAGUUGUUGCAACAGCUGAAUAUCUAGUUUGUAAAUCUAUCAAUGAGGUAUUUUAUUCAAGAGAUAUCAAUACACCGCACAACUCAACAGGAAUACGAGGACCGCCUGGUCGACCUGGAAAAAGGGGACCUACUGGCACGGUUGGGAAUCCUGGACCAGUAGGUCCACCAGCAGCAGUCGACUGGGACAGAGUUGAAACAAAAAUUCGUCAAUUGGUCGAAAACUACACGAGAUGCUCAGGAUUGAUUUACCACGGUCGAUGUAUAAAGCUGAUCUACACAGCUGGCUACGGAACAACAAAACAAGAAUCGGAAAAUACUUGCCAUUUUUACAACGGUCAACUGAUUGACAUCGAAAGUAACGAAAUGUACGACCUUGUCUACAACUACGUAAAAAAUGCCUGGAAUUCCUACGUGGAUGUCAACCUUGAUUACGUUCAAGUGUGGCUGGCUUCUACAUACGAGAACAACAUGGUGAGAAUACGCAACGGGAGCAGUGGUUAUGUGGAGUGGUAUCCAGGACAUCCCAUAAACGAACCUGUCUGCGGCAGUUUAGCUUUGGAUGUUGCUAUUAAACCUCCAAGAACACACAAUGGGAUGUUUGACGUGGAUCCAAGUUACAGAAGGCCAGUUCCACUGUGUACGUUUCCACUGUAGCUGGUGAAUUUAGCUACAACUGCUGUCAAACCUUUAGCUGUAAAUAGUUUUAC